CAGACCCUCCUCCAUCAAGGGAACUCACUCUCGACUCACUCUAAAACCAUUUCGCGGGAGUUUUACGUGCUGCAGUAUUCCGAAUGUAGUAAAUACUGUACUACGUAGUUAAAAGCUUGUGAUUGAAAAUCGUUAAUAUGGUCAAUACCAGGAGUAAUAAGAAAAGUGAACCACUGCAGGCCAUCAUUAAAACGAAUGACUCAAAACAGCCCGGUGGCAGAUCUGUGUCAAAGAAGAGACCGCAUUCGCCAGGCCCACAUGAACGCUCUACCUCUAGAAAACCGUUUGUGUCCUCUGAGGAAUCUUCAUCAGGAUCGGAAGAUGAGACAGACUAUGAGAAGAUUCGAGAUAAAAAUCUGCAUGACAACGAACUGUUUUUCGCCUCCCUUGGAAUUCAACAGGCCAAAGAAGCACUGCAUCAGGCCAAGAGUUCUCCCAAAACCCACACUCAUACACGAAGGGAGUCAAAAGCUAAAGCUGUUUUGCCAAGGCGACAGAGCCUAAGAAUCCAACGGCUGAAUCCUGAUGGCGAGGCUCUUCCACCACUACCAGUACCCGAAACACCUUUCCCAGAACACCCCCGAUUGUCAGAAGGUCCCCUUGAGAUGAAAAAGUCUCUUGUCUAUGAAGAUGAAGAAAAGGAUCAUGAGCAGCUUGUCCAGUUUAUGAUAGCUAGCAACAAAGAUGACAGUAAAGUCAGUGACAAUUUACAGUUCAACAAAAUGAAGGCAAGAAAAAUCAAAGUAUGUAAAGAUCGUCUUUUCUCAGUGGCUGUUCACCCAUCAUCCACUAAAGUAAUAGCUGUUGCAGGAGACAAAUGGGGCCAAAUGGGAUUCUGGGAUGUUGAGUCUGAUUACAGCCAUCACCCCACUGUUUAUCAUCCUCAUUCAAGGCCUAUCAAUCACAUCUGCUUUCCAUUCCAUGAUCCUCAGAAAGUGUAUUCUUGCAGCUAUGAUUCUACUCUUCGUUGUGGUAAUUUUGAAACAGGAAUGUUUGACCUGAUUUAUUCAGUGCCAGAAGAAAAUGAUGACUUGUUUCGGAACUUUGACUUCCUUGAUCCAUCAACAUUGUUGCUGUCACAGUUUCGAGGUGACGUUGCUGUGGUAGACACUCGCACCAAAAGCUGUAAAGGUGACCAACUGUUUAUGGUGUGUGACAAGUACUUGAGAUCUGUCAGCGUGCAUCCCAUCAACAAGAAUUUCUUUGUCACUGCAGGAACAGAUCUGAAGGUAUGUGUGUGGGACAUGCGGUUAAUGAAAAGGAAAGGCACCAAACCUUUGCACAUCUUACCACAUGCACGUGCCCCUAAUAGUGCUUACUUUUCACCAGUGACUGGCAGUCAUAUUCUUGACAUUGCGGGAGAUGACACAAUCAACAUCUACAGCUGCUCCAAUUCUUGCAGUGAAGUGCAACGCACAAAACAGAUCCACCAUAACAACCAAACAGGGCGCUGGCUGACAAAAUUCAGAGCAGUCUGGCAUCCAACACAGGAGAAUGUGUUUUUUGUUGGCAGUAUGAAGAGACCACGAAGGAUUGAGGCAUUUAGUGUUGAUGGACGUUUGCUGCAUGAGUUUGAGGAUGAAGAGGUUUUGACAUCAGUGUGCAGUGUUGUGCAGUACCACCCGUAUCUACCAGUCCUGGUUGGUGGGAAUUCCAGUGGCUAUGUCUUUGUUUUUAUGUGAAAUUUUAAGGACAUGAGCUUGAAAAUAUGUGGGCAACAGCAAUUUAAUGGAAUUAAAACGAGUUGUUUUCUAUGAAGGAACCAAUCCUUAGAGUUAUUUUUGAAUAAACUUAUUAUUGAUAUAUCUUGGACAUUUUUUUUUUCUCCACAUACACACACACACUUGCAGUAGCACACAUGCAUGUGGUCAUAAACAUAUAAACGUUUUUUUUUUAAAAUAUACAUUUAUUUUAAAUAACAAAGUAUCCAUUUAACAUACUGAAAAUCUGAAACUGAAUGUAUUAUCUAAGACUUGUGACCUUGAAAAUGUGGACAAAAAUUUUCAAAUUUGGUAGAAUAGGUCAGACCCACAAGUGUUUCUUGUAGGGAUGUAAUAAGGCCAUCAAGGAAAUGUUACAUUAUGCAGUGUGCGUUAUUGAAAGUUUUCAAACUUUUUAUUUAGAUAUGCACAUUGUCAAAUUUUUCCUAUUUUUGCCUGCUGAGACAGCAUAGUAUGUAAAUAGAGUAAUUUGAUCACAUUUGUAGAAUAGUCAAGUUUGUAAACUGGAAUACAAAAGUUUUAUUAAAAGUAUUGUCACCUAAAAUGAUUACCUCACUGCCUAAUUUUUUUAUCAUUUAUCAGUAACAAAUUCAUCACUGCAAAGAAGUGCUUAUUUAAAGCACUUUAAAUAAGACAGUGUUGGAUGAAAAUUUUUUCUUCUGAUUGAAGAAUGCUGUCACCAACUUUUAAGUACAUUUCUAAAUAUGUAUUUAAGGUGAUUUUUCCUGCAAUCAUUCUGUUACAAUUUUCAGAUGAUAAUAGAUUAAUAAAUAUUUACUGAUCACA